AUGGCAUCCCGAAGGCUCGCGCUGAGCCUGCACCAAGGCCUUCGCGCUCAGCGCGCCAUCAACGCCGUCAAGCCCAACAACAUCACCCGCCGGGCCCUGGCUACUCCUGUUAGCCAUGCCUCCACCACCGAGAGCACCACCUUGAGCAAUGGGUUCACCAUCGCCACCGAAUACUCCCCCUUUGCGCAAACGAGCACCGUCGGCGUCUGGAUUGAUGCUGGCUCCCGCGCCGAAACCGACAAGACCAACGGCACCGCCCACUUCCUCGAGCAUCUCGCCUUCAAGGGCACCCAGCGACGGAGUCAGAGCCAGCUGGAGUUGGAGAUUGAGAACAUGGGCGGCCACCUCAACGCCUACACCUCCCGCGAAAACACCGUCUACUACGCCAAGAGUUUCAACAGCGACGUCCCAGCCUCCGUUGACAUCCUCGCCGAUAUCCUGCAGAACAGCAAGCUCGAGAACUCUGCCAUCGAGCGUGAAAGAGACGUCAUUCUUCGCGAGCAGGAAGAGGUGGACAAGCAGCUGGAGGAGGUUGUGUUCGACCACUUGCACGCUACUGCUUUCCAGAACCAGGCCCUCGGCCGCACGAUCCUUGGACCAAAGGAGAACAUCCAGAGCAUCACUCGCAAUGAUUUGGAGAACUACAUAAAGACCAACUACACUGCCGACCGCAUGGUCCUGGUUGGUGCUGGUGGUGUCCCACACGACCAGCUGGUGCAGCUUGCUGAGAAGUACUUCUCCGGCAUCCCCGCCUACAACCCCAAUGCACAGGACAACGCAUAUGUGCGCGGCCUCGACUCGAAGCCCGACUUCAUUGGCUCUGAGGUCCGGAUACGAGACGACACCAUGCCAACCGCAAACAUCGCCAUCGCCGUCGAGGGUGUGAGCUGGAAGGAUGACGACUACUUCACCGCGCUCGUCACUCAGGCUAUCGUUGGAAACUGGGACCGCUCGAUGGGCAACUCGCCAUACCUUGGCUCCAAGCUCUCGACCUUCAUCCACGACCACAAGCUCGCCAACUCGUUCAUGUCCUUCUCCACCUCAUACUCUGACACUGGUCUCUGGGGUAUCUACCUGGUUACUGACGCCUUCACUCGCAUUGACGAUCUUGUCCACUUUACGCUCCGAGAAUGGUCGCGCCUAUCGUUUGGUGUUACUGAAGCCGAGACCGAGCGUGCCAAGCAGCAACUCAAGGCCAGCAUUCUCCUCUCCCUCGACGGCACCACCUCAGUGGCUGAGGACAUUGGCCGGCAGAUCAUCACCACUGGCCGCCGCCUGUCACCCGAAGAAGUCGAGCGUGUGGUUGGCAGCAUCACCGCGCAGGAUGUCAUGAACUUUGCCCAGAAGAAGCUGUGGGAUCGCGACAUUGCCAUUUCGGCCGUUGGACAGAUCGAGGGUCUUUUGGACUAUGCGAGAAUCCGGGGCGACAUGAGCAGGAAUUUGUCAUAG